UUAGAUCAACCUAGAUGUUGCCUUCAUCAUCUGUAUUCGUUCGACGAGCACUCUCGGUAACAAGCAGGUUGUUGAAAGGGCAUUCCAAAUGGCAGAAUAUCAAGGCCACGAAGGGAAAGAAUGAUAUGAUCAAGUCACAGGCAAUGAAUAAUAUGUUGAAGAAGGUGAAAGCAGCAGCAUUACGAGGUGGAUUUGACUUGAAACUGAAUAAAGAGUUAGGAGCACUAGAACAAGAUUUUAGAUCGCAAGGGCUCUCGCUAGACACUUUCAAGAAUUUUUUGGUCAAAUUGAAGAAUAAACCUGAAGUUGAAUGUACAUUCAAUGUGAUUGGCCCAGCUGGAUCAUUCUUCAUUGUGGAAGCUGAAACUGACAAUGUCAGAGCUUUUGAAAACACUAUGAGGAAGUACUUCAAUAAGGUGGGCGGAUUUCGGUUUGCAUCCGAAGCGUCGGCAGUCCAGAGCUGGUUCCAACAAAAGGGUGUACUUACAGUUAAAUCUGAACUAAAUGGCAAACCUUUGCAACUUGAGCAGAUGGAGGAAAUUGGAAUUGAGUUGGAUUGUGAAGAUGUUGCGCUUGUCGAAGGCGAAGAAAAAUCAUUUGAAUUACUGUGCCAGCCAGAGAGGUUGUCUGAAGUAGAACGCACUUUGGUCAGUAAAGGAUAUGCAGUUGAAUCAGCAGAGCUUCAAUUCCGGCCAAUGCAUCCAAUUCGAAUAGAAGGAGACGAUGCACAUAAAGUGGAAAAACUGUAUGAAUUGCUACAGGAAGAUGACUCAAUACGACAAAUCUUUGACAACAUACAACCAGGGGAAUGACACUGGAGCCAGCUUAGUUCUAGUUUUAGUACGUUCUAGACUUACGAGACUCCUAGUGUUCAUGUAAAUUUGAAUUUAUUUGUUAUUGUUAUUGCUUAUAAAUCUCAAAUCUGCUCGAUCUUUGUGCUGGCAUAACCAAUAAAAGUCGAAGUAU